UGCCCUCUUGUGAUGCAUCAUGAGAAGCAUCAAUCACCACCGAGGUUGGAGGUCACAACAGAAGACAUGGCGGCUCCCAGUAAAGCGACCGUGGUGCUGAAGGCUGUGAAGCAAAUAGCGGUCCAGUUCUGUCCUUUUGAGACUAAUGUCCGGUCCACACGGGAGUUUCUGGCCCUGGUGGGCUCAGAGAAGGCCAGAGCUACCAACAUGAACUGUGAGGUGAUAUCCACGGUGAAACAUGACAAGUCUGAACCGGUAGUGGAUAUCACUUAUCUAGACGGAGACAAGCUGGUGUUGAAGGGAGCAAAGUUGACCAGCGGCGAGAUGCUGAAUGCAUUUCAGUCACUUUGCACGGCCAAGGAUCCACAGGGAAAAGUUGCAGCGAAAAAAUAAUGAUCCUCAUGUUAAAUAUAUCUGUGUUGAAUUUAUCUGUAUUUAGCUGUGUAUAUUCUUGGAUGUUUAUUAUUAAAGUAUUUCAUUUAAA